AAACACUCCCGACAACCAUGGCUGAACCGGAGAAGAAGGACAUGAAGAACGCUUUCACCGAUAAGGGAGCGGAGAAGAAAACGAAGGAGGAGAAGCCGGACGACAAUAGCCGCCGGCUAUUCGGCGGUGGAUCCGGCACGUCGUCGUCCUCCGAGUGCAGUUCCAUCUCCAACGAGGAGAGGCACCAGGCCAAGAUCGCCCGCAAGAACAAGGAGGAGGAGAGGAUGAAGGCCAAGCAGGAGGCCAAGCUGAAGGCCGGCGCCGAAGGGCAAAAGCCCGGCGAAGAGGGGAAGGACGGGAGCCGCGGGCUGUUGACCGGAGAGUGCAACUCCAGCUCCGACGAGGAGAGGUCCUGGCCCGCGGACCCCACCAGCCGCGCCUCCGUGUCACCCAUCACCGGGCUGCCCAACCGGGCCAAGCUGCUGCAGGUGCACGUGCAGUUUGACAAGCUGGAGAUCCUCGAGUGCCUUGAGUCCGGCAUCCAGUACACGUAUCCGCAGCCAACUGAGGAAGAGCUGCACCGUGUCUACGACAUCGAAUACAACAAGGCGUAUGGUCGUGAUUUCUCGGCGGGCAUCCCGGACUUUGUUGAACGGCGGGCUGUGGCGCAGCGCACCUUCAUCACGCAUCACCUGGGCCUGGAGCCAACCGCGACCGCCGACAUCAACACCACCAACCUGGGGCGCGUCGUGGAAGUUGGCGGUGGCUGGGGCUCCCUGUCGUCUACCCUCCAGCCCCUGGCAUCCUCCGUCACCUGCUACGAGCUCGACUCGGCCUCGGUCGACUUUAUGCGGGAGCGUGGGGUGGACGCCCGCGUGGGCACCCUGCAGCAGGCGGCGGAGAAGGGCGACGUCGAGGCGAAUAACAUUGACCUCAUCGUGUCAUCCAUGAUGCUGGAGCAUCUUCCUCGGCCGCUCGACUCGUUGCGCGCCUGGGGCCGCAAGCUCAAGGCUGGCGGGCACCUGUUUGUCGAGGUUCCGCUGGAGAACCCCAUCCCGAGAUGGUGGGGCAUGGACCCGGCCGCGCCGUAUUGGGUCGGCCACAUUACCUUCUUCGGGCCAGGCCACCUGGAGGCCAUGCUCGAGGCGGCGGGCUACCAGGUGCUUGCCUCCACGCCCCACGACCAUCCCGUGUCCCCCAACUACACGAUGCCUGGAGGAGCCCCUUACGACAUGGGCAAUGUCCCCGAGGCGCUCGACACACAGGUCUCGACAAGCGACAACCCGAGGCUCCUGCGCGUGUUUGCCCGCAAGGUUGCGGCGUGAUGUGGGGGAUAGAUCCCCGUACUCGCGGUUGGUUGUGGCUGGCUGGCAGGCUCGAAUCAGCAUCAUCGAAGCGACACGCCGCGACGCUUUCAGAUGCUGGUGUGUUCGAAAGCAUGAAUUUCUAGGCAAACAAAGCUUUUGGGAAAAAUGCUCCAAGCGUUGACUGGUGGUUUUGACUUGAACGCUUUUGUGUCAAACGUGUUCUGACACAACAUACGUUUGUGUAGCCGGUGGCCGGUGUCAAAGGACUCUUGCUGUUUGACGGUUAUCUGUCGCAGCAACAAGUGGAGCUGGUGACGGGGCAGUGGCACCCGUAGAUCAGGUAGCCCGCUUACUGUGCCCACAUGCAUACAUCGGAUCGGCGCAUCGCUUGGGCCGAGCUGGACAGAAACAGAGCGCCUGGGGUGCAGAGAAAGGCAGGAGCCACUUCUCCUCUCUCUUCAUGGCCUUGGUCUUGCCACUUUUCGUUUUUUUGCUUGUUGGCAGGCAUGUACAUUGCUUGAAAUGAUAGUAAAUACGACCGUUCAAACGAGGUACAUAAUUCGUGCAAUCGCCACCAUCCCGCCAAGGGCUCCCGUUAAGCGCGUUGCUGACAACCACGAAAUCACGAACUACAGUGUUGGCGUCCG